AUGUAUAGGACCUGCGCUUGGUUAACACAGCUACGAUUACGAAAAUCAGCACUUCUUCACAAAUAUAGACUCAAACGCAAACCGUCUUUUCUCGAGCGCUGUGACUGUGCAUCAGCAGUGAAAGGUUCCAGGGAUGGAAGGAAGCAGCUUAACGCCUGGUAUAUAAGCCAGCUAAUAAUCUGUAGUGUUAUUGCCGUGGUGGCAUCACUGCCGGAGGGUUCACCGUCCACAUCUUACGGGACUCCCAGCGCAGGCUCUGGCUUCGGGAGCAGAGGCAGCGGAAGCAUCAGGGCAGGAACAAGCGGGCAUUUUGGCGGAGCUGGAGGAAUCCCAGUCGCUUCCGGAACAGCUUUCGGAAGUUCUUUUCAGGGGAUUCGGGGCUCAACUGGAGGAGGAUUUGGAGGUUCCGCGGGAAGAUUCGGAGGUAGCGGCGCUGGAGCUGGAGGGUACAGCGGACCUGUGAUUCCCAUCCUCAGAGACGACCGCCAGGGACCCGAUGAGUUCGGAAACUACUACUUCAACUUCGAAACUGGCAAUGGCAUCAGUCGACAGGAACAGGGCGCCCCUCAGGGACCAACUGGCGCCGUGGCCUCUCAAGGAGCAUGGUCCUUUGUCUUCCCUGACGGCACUCCUGCGAAUUUCGAGUUCAUUGCCGACGGAAGCGGUUACCGUGUGCAGUCCGACCUGCUGCCCACCCCCCCUCCCCUCCCCCCGCACGCCAUCGCCCAGAUCGAGAAGGCUCGUCGGGAGGAUGCCGCCGCUGCUGCUUCCGGCGGAGGAGGUGGUUACAGCGGGCAGACAGGUGCUAGCCAAUCAGGCUUUGGCUCCGGUCAGUUUAUAGGUUCUGGCCAGUCACAAUUUGCAGGUCCUUCUGGCUCAGGACAGCGAUUCUCUGGGUCCACUUUGUCACAAAGUCCCAGCACAUCCUAUGGCUACCCUUAG